GCAGGGGCGGACUUACCAUUUGGAAACUCGGGCACUGCCCGAGGGCCCGGGGUCAGUAAGGGGCCCCAUGAGAUGCCCCUGGUACCUUUUUCAUAGGCUUUUUUGAGUUUGGGCAAGGACACAGGGGCCCCAUGAUCCCCUAUUGCCCGGGGGCCCCAUGAGUUGUCAGUCCGCCCCUGUGUGGAGCAGUGGAUUUCCCCUUCAUGCUGGAGAGCAAACUGUCGCCAAAUGCAUAAAGUCAGGCUGCAAUGUUUUUUUUAGACCAAGGCUACUCUUUAACCUCAGUCUUUUACUGGGUGGGGGUAGGCAACGGACUAAAUAGUCU